CCCUCUCACUCUCUCUCCGCCCGCUUACCCGGUCCCCGGUACUACUUCUCUGUUUCAUCAUAUUGGUUCUUCAAUCUCGUUUCUAUCACCCGGACCAUAACAACAUCUCUCUUCUCAGUCAUCCAUCCUCUGUAUUAACGGUACAAGACACAUCACCAUGUCCGCCAUGUUCUCCCCUCCUGCUUCCGCUUCGUCCGAACGACGUUCACAAUUACCACCUAUACAACUUCCACCAAUCCGUAUCUUAGAACAUAAUCGUUCCAUCUCUCCGCCACCUUUAUCGGCUCGCUCCAUAUACCCUCAAUCCAGUAGGACCGGAGUAUCAGAUCCUCCUUCUCGUAAUGGUUCGCCUCCCGACCUAACUCUUCCUAGACUCAAUUUUGCCCCUCCAGAGUCCCGCGAUAGUCGAGACGUUCGAGAACCCAUCAGACCGUUAUGGGUACCAAGCGCUUACCCCACUCCGCCUUCGCCACAACCCACCGGAAACCCUCGAACGACGCUGACGCAUGAACACACACCUCAGGGUCAACGUACCAUCUCGCCGAAGAGGGCUGCGAAUCCGAAUAAGAGCAGCGGGGCGAAGAGUAGGAAGAGUAGCUGCGAGCUCUGUCAUCGUCGCAAAAUCAGAUGUGAUCAACUUCGACCUGCAUGCUCUUCAUGUCUUCGUAAAGGUCAUCAAUGUGAUUAUUCACAAGAAGCGGAGAAUAAUAAUCCAUACAAAGAGAACGACUCUGAUCGACCGGUAACACAACGUUCUCAUCCCAAUCCCAAUUCUAAUUCUGACACUCGACCCCAAGCUGUUUCUCUCCCACAUCCCUCACGAACCCAUCCUCAUUCCCUUAACUACCUCAAUGGAGGUCUCCCAUCUCCGGAACAGCCCCGUCCUCAUCCUCAACCUGGAAUUGGACCGGGACCGUCCGGGCCAUUUGACCCACGGGAUCGACACGACCCUCGCGAAGUAUGGCGAGAUGAGCAAGCCCGACGCUGGUGGACACACGCUCCCGUCAAUGCCGGUCCGAAUGAUCCUUCGAUCCCGGUUACUCAACACCCAGAUACAGGUCCAAUCACGACGGGACCAAGACGAUCGUACGAGCCGGAAUCAGACUCGUCCAGUCCUCGUACAGGAACGCAUGCGUCUAGCGAACAUGGCGUAGGUCCGACAUGGGUUGUUCAAGACGCCCAUCCGAACCGGGAUCUGCAAAAAACGCGGGGAGAUCGUUCCCCACCUCGAAUUACGUCUGUCCCUUUGGGUCCCCCCCGAUCGACCAUCGCCGAUUUACUCGAGAUCACUGGUGGGGAUUCGUCAGCACUCUUGCGAACUCAAGAUGAAUUGGACGAAUUGGAAAGUCAUGCAAGUCCUAUAACCGGUGUCAAACGUGUCCACAAUGGUCCUCCGAAUAUAUCUCCCCAGGAAGUAAUCUCUGGGGAUUUGAGACCUAUCAAACGAUCUAGGUCUUCUUCUCCCUCAAGACCGAGUAAAAUCGAUCCCGCAGAAAAUCUGCGUAGGAUCAACAAAGCUUCAGCUACACGCCCUAGUCGAAUCGAUCGUUAUGCGGUAGCCGUGCAGGGUUUACUGGAUCAUUUACCUCCCGUCCCGCAGCAAGAUGUCCUUUUCCGAUAUGUUUUCACCGAAGACUCUUCCCAACUCUUGAUCGGCGUCGAGGCUUAUGCCGAAAAAUGGCGUUCGAAUUGGCAAGACUUACACCACCGUCCCAUCGCCCGAGGUGACGCCACCACAGUCGCCAUUGCUUAUUGCUUUUUGGCAUAUGCUACACAAACCAAUUUCAACGUUCUUGGGCAAAACCAAAAGUUACCUCCUUCCUUGGCAGGUCUGAUCAGUCAAGGUCGGGCCGACGAAGGGGAUUUUCCUUUUGCUGCUUCUAAAAGAUAUACCGACACUUGUUUGUUGGCUAUGCAAUUAGCCGAGGAAGAUGAUCCGACGGAUGAUAUGAUGGUGGUUUCCAAGUUAUUAGCGUACAGGAUGGAUUUGAGUCCAGUCAGAAAGGGCGGACAUUUGGCACAUUCCGUUAGGUUGGCUCAGAAGGGUGGUUAUCUCGCACAUGAUGUGGGUCAGAAUGAUUUAGGUUUGCGAAGAUUAGCUUGGGCUUUGACUGCUGCUGAUAGCGAAUAUUCAUUGAUAUACCGUGUCCCACCCAUCAUCGACGGUCCUAAUUCCACUUCCCGUCCUCCGGUUCCAUGA